AUGUCUUUCAAUGAAGAUGUCCAAAGUGAACAUAAUUUCUCCAAUGAAAAUCAAGAGCAUCAAACUCCCAAUGAACCAGAUCAUGAAGAAGUACUACAUGUUCCUCCUAUCAACAAUGACCAUAUCAAUCAUGAAGAAAUACCACCUGCUUUUCCUGUUAAUCAUGAAGCAGUACCACCUCCAAUUCGAAGAUCUAACAGAAACAGCACUCAACCAACUCGUUUAAAGGAUUAUAUAUGUUACAAUGUGACAAGUUUAGGUUCAAUCGAUUGUCCUACUCCAGCCAUGUCACUUUCUUGGCGGAUUCAGUUAGAUUCCCUCGACCUUCGAAUUUCUGGACCUUAUUGUUCUGUUCCAUUUCCAAAUACCGUUGAUACGGUAAAAAUCCAUGAGGAUUUGGAGAUAAUACUGACAUGUUUGUUGUUUUGGCCGCCGCCCACCAGAAAAGUCAACCUAGGAUGGGCUUCAUGGUAAAUUAAGAAGAUUUGAGGGACCACAGAAGGUUGACGCCUCAACAGAUGGGAAUGGAAUGGUAAUGUGAAGGUGGAGGUGUAAGUGGUUGGCCAUGCAAUGUUUGAUACUUCUAAAGUAGAGAAUAUCAUGGUUUUCAUUUUAGAAUCAUCAAAUUCUACCAAAGGGAAGAGACAGCUUCUUAAGCAAUAUGAAUUUCAUUCCCCUAAUCAACAAUAUUUAGCCCGUUAAUGGUACUUAAUCAUCUAUCAGGUCAACUUUUUCAGAACUUUUAUGCAUUAAAUGACCGCUUUCUAUGCCGAUUUUCCUGAAACUGUACCAAUUAGGAUUGUUCAUCUGGUCUUCCUGCAGUUACUGAUGUAGAUGCAGCUAUUAAAGCUGGAAUGUAUGAUAUCAUUGAAGCUGGACAUAUUUUUUAUCUAUGCAGAUAAAAUUCCAAACGCCAAAACAAUCCACACAAGAUGUAUCGACAAAAGGACACCUUCCGUCCUGCGCAACGUGCAGGAAUACUUUUUUAUUAUUUUAAGCAUAAAAAUUGUAAAAGGGCGAAUUGCAGAGUAUAGCAACAUACUUAACUGUGACUACCGAUUAAGAUAAUCUACUAUACAUGUACAUAAAAGCAACACCUUCCAACCCCCGCAACGCGGGGGAAUGCAUCUAGUUGAAAAUAUGUUUAUGCAAAGGAAAAUGAAUAAACGAAUUUAAUUUACGAUUCUAGUUGG